CGGGCAAGCAGGUGAUGUCAUGACAUUGGCGGAUGUGCGCAGUAGAUUCCCCAAUCAACCGCCAGUGAGUGUGCAUAAAUAGUUGAAAUAGGAUUGACUGAGGGAGUGUUAGUUGCAUAUAUUUGGAUUUUUCAUUGUUUGCAUCUGCGUCUCGCUUUAGUAAAUUCUCAGAACACACUACUUAGGACUAUUCUGAUGCACAUCUGCGACCAAAUCCUACUCCCAGUUCAUGUGUGUGCUAUUCGUUUAAGUUAAGCCUUAAAAUGGCUUUAAAUAUCAUUGAUUUAGGGGGGAAAUACUGUUAUAUGGGCUCAAUCUGUAGUACUGACAUGUCAUUGUAUUUUAUAAAGACGAGGCUGAGCACCCCGCAUGGAACAUUAGAUGUCGCCAUUUUAACACAAAGAGACGGUUUGAAUUGACAGGCAAGAGUCGAUGCUUAAAUGAUGGACAGAUAAAUCAUUUAUCCAGGUUUCUUGAUAGAAAACAAAUUCUGCUCACAUCAAAACACUCGUAGUAAAGACAAGUUGAAGAAUCAUAAUAUCAUGUGGAAACAUAUAUUAUCAUAUAAUUGGAUUUAUCAACUUUUAAUGUGUAACCAGGAGGUUAUGUGCAUAGGACACUCAAAUAAAAAUGAUAACAGUUUCAUCUAUAUCAGGAAAGGACCUGAUGUAAAAUGGCAUUCUGAACAUUAAGUAUCAUCUUAAGACAUGUACAUGCAAUUUAGUAUACAUAUCUAAAACUGAACUUCAUUUUGUGAGUGUUUAUGACAAGUUCAUCUACUGAAGUAGAUUCAUAUAUAUAUAUAUAUAUAUAUAUAUAUAAUACAUACAUCAAUAAUCAUGGGUAUUGAAUUGUACAGUAAUAUUAAAGACUUUCAGGAAGGAGAAAAAAGGGUAGGAAAGAAAGGAAGAACCUUUUAUAAAUGGAAUGGGUCGUCUGGUAUAAAGAGCGAUCCAAAGUUCAUUAAAUCAAGGCAGAAUGUUUCUGAUGGCAUUAACACAAGACCUACUAAACUGAAGAGAAAACCUGAUCACUCAUUGCCUACUCAACGUAAGCAGCUUUGCCUUGAAUCUGUUGUUUCAAAAUUAUGGCCGUUUUUCAGGCGAAGUGACAAAGAUAGUUGUGACUUUACAGAAGGAGAAAACACAAAAGAAUUCAAGAGAAACCAGAACUAUAAUCUUUUUGAUGCUCAACCUGGGAUCAAAAAAGAUUCAAACAUAAAAGUCCCCAGAGUUGUGUCUUGGAUUAAAGCAAGGCCAGGCAAAAGGAAGGAUUAUGAAAGUCAUGAAGCUGAAAAGCAUGAAAUUGAUGAAUUAAUUAAAGAAGUUAAACAAGAUUAUGAACAUACUGAUUCAAAAGAGUUGUCUGAUAAAAGUUGGAGUGAAAAACUGCAGAAGAAUCGGGCUAAUAAAGUCAUAAAAGCAACUCUUCAGGGCACACCAAUGAUGAAUGACAGAAACGUACAUAAAGAAAAUGACAAUUUUUCUCAAAGAUCAAAAAUGCUUGUAAUUUUUCGUGAAAAAGGGCUAAAGAAGAAAUUCAGGCAUGAAUUUGGACAUCUUUCAAUUAAAGAUGUAUCAGUGAAUAUGGCUGAAGUACACUGUAUCCACUCACCUGUUGCAUUAACAGAAAAGGUGCCAGAGACCGAUUUAUUCAUAAUGCUUGAAAAACGAUUAAAUGUUACAAGAACACGAGAUGGCAAGGAACUCCAGACCAUGGCUGAAAGUCAUGAAAUUCGAGAGCCUGAACAAGGUUCACCUAAUGGACUUCAAAGCAUCAGUUUCAAACAAGAAGUAACCCUUAGCCCAAAGAGACUAUACGAUGAAAGUUAUGUUGCGAUUGACCGUAGUGAAAAUUCAUCUACGAAUAGCAUUGAGAUAGAGCAUAACAGUGGAAAAAAUGAGAAACUAGCUUUAAGGCUCUCAGUUGUAGGUGUCCAGAGUGUUCUUGAUCAAGGACAUGUGGAGGAUAGAGAUUCGGAAAAGCAAAAGAAAUUUGUUGGGAAUAAAGAACAUGAAGAUACAGAUCAAUUCCAUCAUGUUGUUAAGCAGAUUUCAAGCUCACAAACCGAACAUAUUAAAUCUGAGACUAGCAUACAAGUCUUAACAUUGAACGAUGUAAUUGACAGGCUAUCCAGAGGUGAACGAGUGAAUCCGAAGGAGAGCAUGAAAUACGAAACACUGCGACUCUGCACUUUCCGUACAUACCCGUCGCAAGGCAAGCCUUCAGCUAUGAAAUUUGCAGGGGCAGGAUUCUAUUAUGCAUCAAACGCUGAUGAAGUAAUAUGCUAUGUUUGCGCAAAACGCAUAAGCAACUGGCGUGAAAAUGAUGAUCCGAUGGCUGCACAUAAAAGAAUCACGCCCGAAUGUAAAUUUCAUACAAACAACAGUGAGGUUAAUAUUAAAACAGAAACUGGUCAGUCAGAGUUGUAUGCAAGAAUUUCUUCAGUUGUUGAAAACUUGAGCACUGCUGGAAGAACCAAUACGGGAACAGGUGCGUCGAAUGCCAGAGAUGAAACACAAGAUGUUGGCCCCUUGCCAACCCCAGCAAAGGAAGAACAUGAUAAUAUUACUGUUGUCAGUGACAACAUGCGUAAAGAAAAUGAUGGAUCAGUCAAACAUGACGGCAAAAGUGCGAAAACAAGUAAUGAUCUUGAAAAGGACUGUGAAUUAAGUGUAAAUCAAAGAGGAUCUGACCACCGCAUGAAUGGUGCUUUCGCAUUUGUUGACACUCCAAAACAGCCAUCUUCCCUUCCAUGGAGUUCAUCUGAAGUUAAAGAACCUGCAAAAUUUGAGUCUUUGCCUCAGUGGACAAAUGAGUCGAAUCAAAGACCAGAUGUUGGAAACAGAAACAUUGCCAACAUGAAGACACCUGCAGUAGCUGUUGUUGUUAAGAAAGUUGAAAACCAGACAGGAGUGAUGGUUUCGUCACUGGUGGACAUUCCCGAGGUGGACACCACCCCUUCCCAACCUACAGAUGAUGACCAGCCACAAGCAGAAAAUAUGCAGGGUGCGGAUCAUGGCAGGGAUCCCACAAACACACAGUCAUCCAAUGUUUCCCACGACAAUCAAUCCAGCGGCUCUAGUGAGUCAGUUAAGAAUAAUUCCAGCCAAUACCACAAUAGCAGUACUGCAGAAACAGAGCGUCAAACUUCUACCCCAAAUUCGCGCCGCAUUCGCAGAGGGCCUGGGGAGGAUAGAAACAAUGGAAUGUUUGGGUCACAAAACCAGAGCUCUCUGGCAGCACAAACAAACUCUGCCACCUCAGAAACAUCUCAUGCUGUGCCCCUGGAGGUACGAAAGUUCCUUCCCAAAUACGCCCGAUAUGCGACUGUGACAGCUCGGGAGAGCAGCUUUAACACGUGUCCAGAGAUCCAUGUGUCCCCUCAUGUUCUAGCAGAGGCCGGCUUCUUCUAUGCCGGGACAGCGGACUGCUCCCGCUGCUUUCACUGCGGGAUAGGGCUUCGACACUGGUCACGAGAGGACGACCCGUGGACUGAGCAUGCAAGGUUUUCACUGGAAUGUCAGUAUGUCAUCGCCCACAAGGGCAUGGAGUUUAUCAACCUCGUUAAACUCGCUUUGGACCUCACAGAAGAGAGCUCUGAAGACACCGACAGACAGAUGCCUGGAAAUCAGGAUGAGACAUCAUCAUCUACAGCAACAACAACAACAACAACAACAGAAGAAACAGCCCAAAACACGACAGUUGAACCGAACAGGUCCACUGAUGUUCUCUCCACGGGAGCUGCCCAGAGUGUGCUUCAGAUGGGUUACAGUGAAACUAUGGUGCGGCAAGCCAUCACACGCUGUGAGGGAAAAUAUGGACUUGCUGGCCUUACUGGGGAAAAUAUCAUGGAGGAAGUGUUUGCUAUUGAAGAAGGGACAAGUGAAUCAACAGAGAUACCAAUUGAAAGUGCAACAAACACAUCAUCAACCACAACAGAUACGAGGUCUUCAAGCACGCCUGCCUCUGAAGACAGAAACUCCGUUUCUCCAAUGACAUCUCUGCCACCAAGCGCCCACAUGGGCCACUCCGCACCUAUUCAAGGCAAUCUUCUCUCCUUGCCGGUCACACGACAUGCUAUUUCUGAGGAGGUACCAAGUACCAAAGAGGCAGAGUCAGAUGGCUCUCGUAUUGACCAUAGGCGCAGACUGGUUAUGGAGAACAAGAACAUGAAGAAGGACAACCUGUGCUCCAAGUGCAAGCAGCGGGAUAUCUGCAUCGUAUUUCUUCCGUGUGGCCACUUAAUUACAUGCGAGGCAUGUGGUAACACGUUGAGGCAAUGUUUUUCCUGUGGAGCCCGUGUGCGUGGCACCGUGCGCACGUAUCGAGCAUGAGCAUAUAAUUUGACAACUAUUGUCAGUUAUUCUCACUAUUAUGUUGUCAAGAAGCUCAGCAUAUACUUAAGUUCACCGCCAUAUUUUUAAUCUAGUUCAAAAGAUCAGCACCAAAUACAAAUAACGUUUUGUUUGUCGGUAUUUUUUAGCCAAAUCUGCUAAAGCUGCGCUUUUUAUAAAGCUACAUUUUUAUUUGUCACUGGUAGGAAAAUAUAGACUCCAGUAAAAAGUUACAAGUGUAUUUUGAGCAUUAUUGAAAAAAAAAGAUCUUCAAACAUGUGAAAGGCAGUAUUCCAUCAAACAUGAAACAUGAAAAUAGUAUAUCACAAGACAACCAUUUCUGAGUUUAAAACAUACUCAUGACCUGGACAUGGGGAAAAGCGUCAUAUCACUUGCAGACUGUUGCUUAUUUUGAUAGAUCCUGGCCAAACUCCUUCUGCAAGCAACCGCAACUCCUUCGCGUUGAGAGGGAGGAGAGAACUUUGUUAAAGCACAAAGACUGUGUUAUUGAGUGUGAAAUUGACACUAUGUACAACUCCGUCUUUGAUGUUGAACAUUUUUAAAAUUUGCUACCUACAGCAAUGGCUACCAAGGCAGGUCGGAAAGCAAAGUUUUAAUGCAUCUAGACGAAAAAGAGAAAAUCAGAAGUGAAAUAUGUACAUUGUGUGAUGGAUUAUUUAAUUAAACUUCACAAUUCCAGUUCUUAAAUGAGAGUUUGGGGAUGUUCCUCAUGCUGCAUCCACUUUUUGACGUGUUGAUUACAGUCAAAUAUAUGCCGGUUAUGCAUAUUCUUGAUGCGCUUAAUUGUAUUAGUGUAGUUAAGUGUAAACUUAUAUGAUGGAGACCUUCCAAAGUUUUAUCGUACCUGUAAAUAUUUAUGAACAUAACAGGAGUUAUUUUCAGAAAGGUGUUCAAGUUGGUAGUUAUUGAAACUAAAAUGAUGCUUAAUUUUGUACAUUAUUUUAUCAUCCAAUCAUCAUCAUGUGAUUUUCGUAAAUACAUAUAUACUACUUUUACUAUUAAAAGUAUUUGGCUGAUUAUAAAGUUAGCAAGACUUGAUAUUGACAUUCAACUGACAUUCAUAAAUAUUGACUAACGUUCAAUUUUAAAUAAAUGAUUUCCAGCUAUGUGUUUAUGUACCUUUCUGAUUGUACUAAAUGGACCAUUAACAUCAUUGAGAUAAAGGAGUAACAUAAUUAAGAAUACUUGCUCUUCUUAUGUCCUAUAUUGAAUAUUGUGCCAUUUUGUAUUAUUGUUGUACUUUGUAAUUGUUAACAAUAUGCUUUCAUUUUUCUUGUAAUUAUUGGGAAGAACAACAUUUAAAGAAACAUUUUUUGAGGAGAAACUGGUAUUUGAUCGCAUUGUGGCAUUCAUAUAUUAAAGGCUACCUUGAAAUUAGAAACUAAUCUUAAAUAUCCUUGGGAUCAAAUUUUUCAUAUAUUUGUAGCAUUUAACGGAAUAAGUAAUUAUUUUAAAGUGCACAUUAUGGAUAAUUAUUGGUCAUAAUAAGUAUUAAAGGAAAUAUUUUGACAUCUAUAAUAUUAAAAUAAUAUGCCAGGACAUCUAAAGUCUGUAAAAGUUCAUGUCAUUUUCAUAAAUGAGAACAUCUAAACAUGUCUGAUGGUCGAAGAAAACAAUUUAAGAUAUUGUCAUUGUCUAUGUCCCCAGCCUCAUGUGAAAACGUUUGACAUCGGCCAUAAAUCCUAAACCAUCUAAGAUAUUAAAACAAAAUGCACAUAGGGGCCAAGGGCCAUAAAUAUGUUGGGUUAAGUGAUGCCCCUUGUGAAAAAGCAGACAAGCGUUGGCAUGUACUGCUCUGCACACUUACUAUGCUGAUAUUAUACAUUCUGAAGAAAAACUUGUGAUAAAGGAUAUAUGGGGGAAAACUAUCUUUACUGUGAUAUCUUUACAAUUACAAUGUUCACCUAAUAUGUUGAAAAUAUUCAUACUAAUCCGGCAAACUUUGAAAUUUGUUAUUACAUGAUGCUUGCUUAAAUCUUAUACAUGCUUUGAAUUUAAUAUCAUACUAUAUAUCUAUAUCUGAGGUUAUGAUUAUGAACAUUGUCAAGUCUUAGUUCAUACUCAAGCGGCAAAACUGCAAGUACUCAGUUCUUUGUAACUUUCCUUCUUGUCGAUGGUGAAAUUUGCUGAAUAUUUUUACUAUUCAAAUUAAGCAAUUAUUCACAUUCAUAUUUUUAUAAUAAAUGGAAUAGAGACCAUUUUUUUCAAUUUGAUAAAGUGCAUUUCUGAGCCUUUCACGUAGUUAAGACUUAGACUUUUCAUAAUCAUGGCCCUGAAGUUAACCUUUUUUAAUGCAGUGGAUAUUAUUAAGUAUCAUCACUAUAAUACAUGUGGUUAAAAUUAUAUUCAAUCAUAGGUACCGUAUUUUCUCGACUAUAAGACGGGGAAAUUGGGUCCCGAUUUUUACCCCCAAAGUAGGGGACCCGUCUUAUAAGCGAGUCGAUAAAAUAUUAAAAAAAGAUUCAAGUCAAAAUCAGUAAAAUUUUACAUAGGGUAUUCGUCUAUCCAGUAUAUCGUCUGCUGAUACAAGUAUGGGGCAAUUAAGUAAACAACAACACGAAAUAUCUUCACCGCGCGUGCUCUGACGUCACACAGUGUACCGUUAUAUCUGCAUUUUUUCUCAUGGCGCGUGUCAGUAUAAUUAGUUUGACAGAUAUAUCAAAUCAAUAAAU